GUCUCACUCCCCGCCCUUUCUUCUCCAGCAUCAACGAUUUGUUGGGACAGCAUCGCAAUGAUCACUUGACCACUUUUACCCCAGAAAAUACUUCCUCAAAAAAAUCAAAAAAUCAAAAAAAAGAAAGCACGACAGGCGGUGAGGAAAAAACCCAUAUCCUCGGGUCCCAAGAGAUGACAUAUGUCCUCCCCCCGAGUCGGUGUGCCCCCAUGCCGGAUCGCGCUCGGCCCCUCGCUCCGGGAAUGAAGCUUCACCCAAGCAUCGGAUAAGGCUAUGCCGCAUUUUCUAGAUGCCGGUGCGGAAAGAAGAACAAGCAGUGGCCACAUGACCAUGUGAAGAUCCUCUUGAGAUCGAUAAAUCAUAUCAAUAGAUGAAACUCUACGAACCCGUCAGCUGGGGUUACCUUUGUUGCACUACUUUUCUUCCGAGAGAGAUGUCAACAAUAAGGAACCUUUUGCCAGGGCGACGAGGGUGCUGCAAGGCACUACUAGACGGAUCGACACUCGACAUCGACUUUGUGUCGUCCAGGUACAGAAUGGUUGUCCGGCAGGCAGAUCGACAAACUUGACGACAUGUUGGUUUCUGGAGACGAGACCAGCUACAGUAGAUAGCCGUCGGCAAGUGAACUCUUGCCGAUGACUGGUGUUGAAUGUUGAUAGACCAGGUUCCCCGCACCAAACGAAUCCCGAGCUGUUCGUCCGGUGGAUGUUGCUGCUGUGGUCGGCAUGCAGCGUGCCUUUUUGGUGUGUGGUCCGGCGGGCCCGGCGUUGUCUGGGCGUGGGGUGGCCCCGGGAGUCUGGAGCAGGGGAGAGGGAGGCUGGUCACCGUUCCGGACCAUUGCGGGUCGGGUGGAAGGCCGACAAAUCAGAGCCUAGUCCGGCUUGGCCCGAUUGUCGAUUCGCGAAUGGGACUGUUGCUGAUGGGGGAUGGGGAUGACGUCGACGAUUGGUCAUUGUUGUCUUUUCUCUCGCUGGAUUGUUUCAAAUUUGCCCCGCCGUAAGGGCGAAAAGAAAAGACGGAAAUUUUCGCGUCGAGAAAGGGAACUUCGUCGAGAUGCUUGCUGCAAGGACUCUAUGACCUUGUUAUGUCUGAUGUGAUCGACGGCGUUGUGACCCCUUUUGCUCCAUCGGGCUUCAACGAGCCCAUGCAUCUCCAUGUUGGCUGUACCCUUCUCAGCAAAAAGAUGCGAGUACUCAGCAGAAGGACCUCGAGAUCGUUCAACUCCAGCUGCUACCGGACGCGAGCUGCGAGCUGCGAGCUGUGAUGCGUUGUAUAAGGCGGGGUUUGCCGAUGGUGGUGAGGGGUAACGACGGGGUUCAUCGUGGCGUGUGGCUCUCUGUCUACAUCGUCAUAUUCCUUCCCUCGCAACAUCUGAGAUGAGAUGAGAUGUAAUGAGGAUGUGGCCUCAUCAUCCGUUCCUCCAUUGGGACAUAUCCGUGUCUUUUCCGCUACAGGUACCCGAGACAGAGGCAAAGAGAAGAGGAGUUGUAAGGUAGAGUCAAGAUGACGAGUGCUCUGCGGGUCCAUCGCUCCUCUCCAAUCCACACUUGGCUGUGCCUGUCAAGCUGAUCGUUCGUUCCUACCAAGCUUGGCAUGGAAGAAAACAUGGAAUUUCCAGAGCACUAAUUCAACUUUGUACCUUGUCUUGUUGACCGCCCGCCCUGAGAGUGAGACACCUCGUCCCGUCUCCCGCCUGUCACUUGCUUGGACGAUGGCCAUGUUCCCCGGAUUUUCAUCUGCUGUACAUACACGCACCCGCCCCCGCCCGUUGCCCGCUCCCAUGGCAAGAAGGCGGCAUUCGUCGCCCGGCGUGGGGCCCGCAACACCAUCUGUCUUGUGAUUUGUCCCUUGCAUCACCAACUCCCACGUUCCCCAGAAUGAGGCGGUGCCCGGCCUGCAUUCCAUGACAAAAAGAUUCCGUCUUGAGCCCUCCCGACAGAGGCAACAUUCCUUCUGGAAUCCAAAGUACGAGCUAUAGGAACAGGUACAUACAUGGGACAUAACAAGAGACAGGCGAACUAGCGGCCGGCUAGCACCCGCCAGUCCCGGCACCUCUUUCCCAUCCAUACAGACUCGAACAGAACCUUUUUCAUGGUGUCCACUUGACGCUCUGAUUGGCAAUGGAAGGGGCCGAUCCACCAGGGACGCUUCUUGCUGUCCACCCUUCUGGGGCCAUCUUGGUCAUGAGUCCCGCCCUGGUCACGCUACAUGCGGUGUUCUGCCCCUUGAUAUUUUUAACCUCUAUACUCCCCAGGUACCUACCUUACUUUCCAAGAUGACUAUAAGGUAGCGUUUUCUUGGAUAGGUUCGGCGGUAACCCGUACAGCUUACCUACCUACCUACCUACCUCCCCGUACCUUCCUCACCCCCUCGCGAGCCGCCAAGCUAGAUCCCGUUCUUUGUUCGGCGACCCGGUAUCUGGAUCGGAAUACACCAUCCUCUCUUAUAUAAGUACCUUCAUUCCAGUUCCCUCUGGCGCCAAUCCGUCGUCGAUUGUUUGGCAACAUCACACCAUCACACGGUUCAGUUCUCCACGAUGCCUAGUAGUGCUCCAGAUUUGACCGUCAUGGCGUACGGUGCACUUGCUAGCCUCAAGGCCGCCGCUGCUGCCAAGGACAAGACAAAACCCAAGCUGUUCAGUCAUCCCAAGGUUGACAUCAUUGAUAUCCGCCGUGUCGAGGUCGAGACAAACCUCAAGGCCGACAUUGUCUCCCAGUUCUGUCCAAAGGAAGGGCCCAGAAAGCUUCCCACACUGCUCUUGUACGACGAGAGAGGGUUGCAGUUGUUUGAGAAGAUUACGUAUUUGGAAGAGUACUACCUGACCAACGAUGAGAUUCAAGUGCUCGAGUCGUCGGCCAAAGAGAUUGCCGGCAGCAUUCCUUCAGGGUCUAUGGUUAUCGAACUCGGCAGUGGAAACCUUCGAAAAGUGAAUCUGCUUCUGCAAGCUUUCGAGGACGCCGGCAAGAGCAUUGACUACUACGCUUUGGAUCUCUCCAAGCAAGAGCUCGAGCGUACCCUUGCCCAGCUUCCCGCAUAUCAGCAUGUCCGAGCUCAUGGUCUGUUUGGAACGUACGACGAUGGGCGGGAGUGGCUCAAGGACCCAUCCAAUAUUUCAAGAAGGAAGUGCAUAAUGAGUCUUGGGUCAAGCAUUGGGAAUUUCGAGCGAAGCGCGGCCGCCUCGUUUCUCAAGUCAUUCUCCGAUGUCCUCAGCCAUGGUGACACCAUGCUGAUUGGGCUGGAUGCUUGCAACGACCCGGCCAAAGUCUACCACGCCUACAAUGGUAUGUCCUACCGCACGCACUCUGCAGUGUGAUUAUUACGCUGACUUGUAGUUUUGUGGGAUCACACACAGACAAGGAGGGCAUCACCCAUGAGUUCAUUCUGAAUGGUCUUCGCCAUGCCAACAGGGUCCUUGGACAGGCUGCCUUCCACGAAAGGGACUGGAGGGUGAUUGGUGAAUACGUCCAUGACGCCGAGGGAGGGCGCCAUCAAGCCUUCUACUCACCGGUACGUGACACGACCGUUUUUGGCCAAGUCAUCCGGCCCCACGAGCGAGUCCAGGUCGAGGAGAGCCUGAAGUGGUCUCCGGAGGAGACACGGAAGAUGUGGGACCUGGCCGGUAUGACCGAGAUGGGGAAGUGGAUGCACGGCACAGAAUAUGGCCUUCAUCUACUCACCAAGUCAAAGAUGUCAUUCAGCCUGAUUCCUUCCGUCUACGCCCGCAGCGCCCUUCCCACCAUAUCGGAUUGGGAGGCGGUUUGGGCGGCAUGGGAUGUUGUCACACGUGAGAUGCUGCCGCACGAGGAGCUGCUUGAGAAGCCCAUCAAGCUCCGCAACGCCUGCAUCUUCUACCUCGGCCACAUCCCCACCUUCCUCGACAUCCAGCUGAGCAAGACGACCAAGGAGCCGCUGACGGAACCGGAAACGUACUCGCUGAUUUUUGAGAGAGGGAUCGACCCUGAUGUCGACAACCCCGAGUUGUGCCAUGCCCACUCGGAAAUACCUGACGAAUGGCCCUCGGUGGAGGACGUCCUGGCCUAUCAAAACCGGGUGCGAGCUCGCGUACAGAGCAUGUAUGCAAGCGGUGCCGAAAGCAUCCCGCGGCAUGUGGGUCGGGCGGUUUGGGUGGGCUUCGAGCAUGAGCUCAUGCACCUGGAGACGCUGCUGUACAUGAUGCUGCAGAGCGACAGGACGCUGCCGCCGUCGCACGUGCCGGCGCCGGACUGGGAGAAGCUGGCGGCCAGGGCGAGGGGGGAGGGGGUGGUGAAUGAGUGGUUUGAUAUUCCGGAGCAGGAGAUCACCAUAGGGUUGGAUGAUCCAGAGGACGGGACGGACAUUGAUAAUGUGUAUGGUUGGGACAACGAAAAACCUGUCCGCCGGGUAAAAGUCCACUCCUUCCAAGCCCAAGGCCGCCCCAUCACCAACGAAGAAUACGCUCAAUACCUCUACAACACCUCGAGCAACAAACUCCCCGCCUCAUGGGUGGAAAUCCCCCCAUCCAACCACACCAACGGAACCACCUCCCCCCUCCCAGAAUCCUUCCUCCACAAUAAAGCAGUCCGCACCAUCUACGGCCCCGUCCCCCUCUCCCUCGCCCUCGACUGGCCAGUCUUUGCGUCAUACGACGAACUCUCCUCCUGCGCCACCUACAUGGGCGGACGCAUCCCCACCUUUUUCGAAACCCGCAGCAUCUAUCAAUACGCAGAAGAGCUCAAGAAGAAGAAGGACGUGGAAAACCAACUCGGAAAGACAGUUCCCGCCGUGAAUGGUCACCUCUGCAACAACGGGGUGGAGAUUUCUCCCCCUGCUACCCCCACUACGACGACUGCUUCUUCUGAUGCUGGUGGGGAGACUGAUUUGUUUAUUGACCUUUCAGACGCAAAUGUCGGCUUGCACAACUGGCAUCCUGUACCCGUGACGGGGAAGGGGAAUAAACUGGCUGGGCAGGCGGAGAUGGGCGGUGUGUGGGAGUGGACUAGUUCUGUGCUGGAGGAGUGGGAGGGGUUUGAGGCGAUGGGGUUGUAUCCAGGGUAUACGGCUGAUUUUUUUGACGGGAAGCAUAAUGUUGUUCUUGGGGGGAGCUGGGCGACGCACCCGAGGAUUGCGGGGAGGAGGAGUUUGUGA